CACCAAUCUUGCUUCACAACCACUCUUGAAUUAUAACAAUCUACAGUAAGCUUAAGUCCUAUUAAAUCACAUCAAGAUGAUAUUCUCUAUAGUAUCACGCAUACCGGUCACAACCCGAACUACCACCACCACGAUGUGCCGUACUAAUCUUCCGCAAUCACAGCAGUCUGCCUCCCUACACACGAGAAGUCCGCUUAAAGUAUUAAGUGCUAUCGAAGCCAACACAGCGACGAGGAUACCCAAAUCUUCCACAGGCGGUAUAAAAGUGUUGAAUUCGAGCUCAAAAAAUACAGCGGCCACCGGAAGUACUACGAUAGAAGUGGGGCAAACGACGAGGAAUAUGACUUGUACAACGCGAUCGGGAAGUAAGACUCAACUUUCGGCUGGAAAAGCGAGGAAACCGUCGAAACCGUCGUAUAUGAGUUCCACGUAUUUCGAAAAUGAGAGAGUUGUUUUCGGCAACGACUUUUGAAGGAGAGGUGGCGUCGCACCAUAAUUAUACUAUGAUCAUAUAACGAGAUAGGUGAAUUCAUUAUGACCCUCUGUGGGAUAACAUAGAUCACGAUAAAGAGCUUUGAAAUAAACUGAAAUAAGAUUGAGCCUAUCGCUUCUUCACGUAAUACAUAUCAAAAGUACAGAAUCAGAGACACUCGCCUUAUUGGCCGAAUGAUCAGCAUCUUUCUCAGUCUUGGAAUUGUAUUGAUGGCAUCAGCGGUCACACCUUCGACAUGCGCUGAUAUGAGGAAUAUGUAUAAAAAUACAGUCAGUCAAGCUAUUCUGUAAUCGCCUCUCACACCACAGUGGAAUUACGUUCCCACAUUCAUCGCCAUGUACAGCAGCCUCGUAUUGUGUCGGUUUAUUCACAGUUCCACACUAUGCAGAGAAACAAGCAAAUAAAUAUACCUAUCUGGAAUUUAGUCG